AUCAUAUUAUGGAAUCAGAAAAGAUUCUUGGUGUUUGGCUUAUCCACACUAAUUACCGACCGCUCCCGAAUGUCGCCUCCCACUUCCAGAAGAAAACAAAAACUGCGUGCGAGGCUUUAAAAACCCAGAUUUCGGGCGCUACGCAUCCAGUGCCGUAGAAAUAAUUCCGCAGCAAAGUGCCCAGUGCUCGCAGUUGCCGCGGAGGGAAGCGCUCUACAAUCCCACGAACCCAAAAGGAUUAGCAGUGGUCCCCAUCAGUCCAAGCCCCUCAUAACCCAGCAUGGCCAGUCACUUGCCCAAAGGUGGUGCGCUCGUCCUGGUGCUCAAUCUUCUCCUGCUUUCGCAGUGGGAGACCGAGUCCAAGCUGCUGACACGUUGUCAAUUGGCCAAGGAGCUGUUGCGUCAUGACUUUCCCCGCAGUUAUCUAUCAAACUGGGUUUGCCUGGUGGAAGCGGAGAGUGGACGCAGUACAUCCAAAUCCAUGCAGCUGCCCAACCAGAGCGUCAGCUAUGGACUAUUCCAGAUUAACAGCAAAAACUGGUGUCGCAAAGGUCGUCGUGGAGGAAUCUGCAACAUCAAAUGCGAAGAGUUCCUCAAUGAUGAGAUCUCGGAUGACUCACGAUGUGCCAUGCAGAUCUUCAACCGCCAUGGAUUUCAGGCCUGGCCCGGAUGGAUGAGCAAAUGUCGUGGGCGCACGCUGCCCGAUGUCUCGCGAUGCUAGGACUGCCUUCGACUCGCUCUUAGCCUUAACUAACUCUACUCAUAGCUGCUAAAGUUUCACAUAAAGCCUAAGUCAAUCCCUUUUAA